AUGAUGAGCAGCAAUAUCAACCUGCUGAACACCAUUGUGGGCGCCGGAACACUCGCCAUGCCCGGCGCCAUGUCGCAUUUUGGUGUACUAUGGGGAGCGCUGUUAAUUGUGUGGUGCGGCUUGACAUCGGCGUUUGGCUUGUACCUCCAGUCACGAUGCGCACGUUACCUCGAUCGGGGAACUUCGUCCUUCUUUGCGCUCUCGCAGAUCACGUAUCCCAACGCCGCCGUGGUGUUUGAUGCCGCCAUCGCCAUCAAGUGUUUUGGAGUUGGUGUUUCGUACAUGAUCAUCAUCGGAGACCUGAUGCCCGGCGUUGCCGAGGCCUUUGGGAGUGUCGACAGUGGGCUGCCCUUCCUCGCGGACCGGAAGUUCUGGAUAACUGUCUUUUUCUUGGUUUUUAUCAUACCGCUCAGCUUCCCCAAAAAGCUAGACUCGCUCAAGUACACCAGCAUUGUUGCCUUGCUUUCGAUUGGGUACUUGGUCAUUCUGGUCGUGUACCACUUUGGCGCUGAUGAGGUACCAAACAAUCGGGACAUUCGUUGGGUCACCUGGGAGGGCCCAACAGCUGCGCUGAGGAGCCUACCAGUCAUGAUCUUUGCCUACACUUGCCACCAGAAUAUCAAGGACAAUUCCCCCGCCAGUAUCGUUGGCGUCAUUGGAUCCAGCAUCGGAUCUGCUGCCUCCAUCUACGUCCUGGUCGCCAUUACCGGCUACCUUACCUUUGGCAACGAGGUCAAGGGCAACAUCGUCAGCAUGUACCCACCCUCGAUUGCUUCCACCAUCGCCAAGGCCGCUAUUGUCAUUCUCGUCACCUUCAGCAUUCCUCUCCAAAUCCACCCGUGCCGUGCCUCGAUCGACGCGGUACUGCGCUGGCGUCCCGGAAGUUCGCGUCCAUCGGGCGGCGGAACCGGAAGCCAGCCCCUUCUUCCCUCAGGAGGAGCUGCCGGCGGUGGCGCCCUGGAUAGCCACGGGGCACCUGUGGUUGCCAUGUCGGAGCUUCGCUUUGCCCUCAUUACCAGCGUCAUUCUGGUGCUUAGCUAUUUCACCGCGCUCAGCGUCGAGACGCUGGACACUGUGUUGGCCUAUGUCGGUAGCACAGGCUCGACGGCCAUCUCGUUCAUCCUGCCGGGGUUAUUUUACUACAAGAUUAGCGAUCCGGAUAGUAUCUUUCACCAGCGUUUGACCAAGGAGGACGACGAUGCCGAGUAUUCUGCCGAUGACAACGACGACGACGAAGAGAGUGCUGCGGUCAUUGGAUCUGGUUUGUUGGACAGUGUUGCCAGCUUGGGGAGCGUGAUCAGCGGACGCGGUGGCAGGAGGAGAUCUAAGAAGUGGAGGUGGGAUUUGGAGCACUUGGAGACGGGGCUGAUUCGCAAGAUGGCUCUGGGUCUUUCGAUUUACGGUGCCUGCGUCAUGGUUGUUUGCCUGGCGAUGAAUGCACUCUUCAGCGCCCAUCAUUAA